AUGGCAUCAUGUCUAGCGGAUCAAGCAUUGGGGAUUUUCGUGGGCGAUGCGUGUUGGAGCGUUUUUGAUCUUAUUUCUGCUGAUCAUCGCCAAUAUAACAAUCCGGUCCCGAAUACCCCCGUCCCCUCGACCACUGUCGCUGAGUGCAUUGGUACAGCCGCUACGCGAGACAAAAUGCUACUAGUUACCGCAGGGUUUACCCUACUUUCCUUUGGAAUGUGUAUUCCCAUUGAUGACUUGGUUGUCGAAGGACUGUUUGAUGGUAUGAGUGCCAACCUAGCUCAGUACUUACCAGCAAUCAUGAAUGUCGGGAGCUUCUUUGGAUGCCUCAGUUCUGGGAUCAUUUCCGAUCAUAUUGGAACUUAUAACGUCUUCACCAUAGUUUGCUGUCUAGCUGGGAUCUUGGUUCUUGCCCUAUGGAUUCCUACCACUAGCGCUGCAGGCAUCAUUGUAUUUUGUAUUCUCUUCGGAUACUCUUCUGGUGCAUAUGUCUCACUGGCAGCAGCUCUGGUGGUCAAGAUCUCACCAUUCCCACAAAUUGGAUACCGAAUUGGCUUGAUUUUCCUCUUUGCUUCCAUCGGCGGGUUGACCACCAACCCCAUUGCAGGAGCUCUAUUAGCCCAUGACAACGGGUCCUAUAGUGAUAUGAAGAUAUUUUCGGGUGUAAUUCUCCUAGUUGGGACGAGCUUGGUUUUUUGUGCUCGGCUGUACAACACGGGGCUGAAAUUGAUAGCAAAAUUCUGA